CCGACAACUCCGUCCCUGCGGAUCCAACACCUCCCGCUUUGGGGGGUCCCGGCUUUGGGGGGGGGCCUGGACGAGUGUCCCCCCCCUUUCCUGAGCCCGUGGCCCCCCAGGAAGAGGAGGAGGAGGAGGAAGGAAUGGCGGCGCCGUGGCGGGUACUGGAGCCCGCCCAAAAAUCCAUAAAAAUUUACUGAUCCCACCUUUUCUGCCCCCAAAAGGAGCUUUGCCUGGGCGACAGUCAGGCCAAAGGCUCCCACACCAUGGCUCAGGCGAGUCUCCUGGCCUGUGAGGGGCUCUCGGGGGUCUGCCUGGUCCCCACAGUCGCCAGUAAGAAGAUGAUGCCCAAGGCUGGAAAACAGGACGGGAACCGGGAAAGAGGCUCCAGCCCUGACCUGCUGUCCCUCCGCCAAGACCCCGACAAGCCCCGCGCCCGCAAGGACGACGACACCCCCGAGGCCUCCAACCCCAAGAAAUCCAUGAAAAAGCGCCGCAAGCGGGUUCCCAGCGCCGAGGGACCCCCGAGCUCGUCCCGCCGCUCCCAGUCCCAGAUGGUGGUGAUCGAGCAAAACGGGUCCUUCCAGCUCAAGAACUUCAUCUGCGACCACUGUUUCGGGGCCUUUCGGAGCAGUUACCACCUCAAACGGCACAUCCUCAUCCACACCGGGGAGAAGCCCUUUGAAUGCGACGUGUGCGACAUGCGCUUCAUCCAGAAGUACCACCUCGAGCGGCACAAGCGGGUGCACAGUGGGGAGAAGCCCUACCAGUGCGAGCGCUGCAUGCAGAGUUUCUCCCGCACAGACCGGCUCCUGCGGCACAAGCGGAUGUGCCAGGGCUGCCAGGGCAAGAACCCCCCUGACUCCCAGCUCCUGCUGUGAAAUUCUGGGAAUUCUGGGGGUGCUGGAGGAAGGGGGAGCCUCCCUCCUGCACCCCCCACCCUCUGCAUCCUCUGCUUCACCCGGAUUUUUCACCCUGAGCUGAGAACUCCUAAAAAAACCUGGAGCGUUCCCAGUGUGAAAAACUCGGAUCUUUCCCACCCUUCUGGCCUAAAAACUGGGAUAAUGAGCCCAAAAAUCCUCCUGGAAUCUUCAAGCUGUGCCCUCCUCAUCGUUGGAUCCCUAAAUCCACCCCACAUUCCCCCAUAGGACAGACUGGGAGCCCCCAAACUGCCCCAAAUCCCAGCAGGUUUGGGGUACCUAGGGCACAGGUAGGAGGGUCCCGCUGGGAAUGACCUCUCCAAACCUGCUUUUUUGGGGGGAAAAAGGAGGAAAACUGAGGAUUUUGGGGGGUGUCUUGGCUUCGGGACGGUGGCAAAUUCCCCCUUUUUAUGGAAAACAUAAAAAGGCAGCACUUCC